AAAUUUGUAAAUAAUUUAUGAGGUCUUUCAACAGAUAAAUGCUACAAAGGACUUUAUGAAAUGUCUUAUUAACUUAAGUUUCCCUCCAUUAUUUUAUGUGUCCCAGGAUUACUUUUUAAACAAUUCUUUAGUUUGAAAAUAAUAAUAACACUGCAAUUGUUAUGGGUUGGGUGUCUGUACCUUUUCUCAGGAUCCUCAUACCCUCCUUAGCAGACUCUUUCUUUUAAAAAUUAUUUGCUGAGCUCAGUGUCAACAGAAUUUUUUGUCAUAUAACAUAAAAUCUUUUCGCUCCAUAAAUAGUCCCAAUUUAAAGAACAUAUGGUUUGAUUCAUGACUUCAGUUAUAGAAAUAAAUAUUAUUUAAUUGAUAUACUCUAUUGCUAGAAAGCCUAAUGAAAAAAAUUUAAGUUUCUGCCAAGCCUAGGAGCUAAGAUCUUAGAAAGAAGAAAAUGUAUGCAAGAGAUGAAAGAUGGGAAUGAAAAACUAACUUUGAUCCAUUAGGUUACUGACAUAGGUACAAGAUUCUAUCCCAUUAGUAUUCAAAACUGCAUAGACAUUCAGACACAUUUUCUUGGACAUGUAAAUUCAUAAUAAUGAAUUUGGAUCCAUGACCAAUAUAUUUCUUAAGGAAAAUUGUUCAUCAGAUUUUGACUGUGACUGGCAUGUUCUCACAUAUUUUGAAGUUUAAUCAAAGUUGUUUGUAUAGAAGGAAACAUUCUAAAAUAGAAUGUUGAUUUGAGUGAUUUAUACCUUAAGAGAAUUAAACCAAUAUGAAACACACAAUUCUUAUUUGGUUCUUCUUUAGUUUUCACAGUUAGCUAGGGAAUUAGAAUGCCAGAACACAUAGUAGUGUCUAUUAUUUAAACAUUGUGAGUAAAACAUUGUCUAAAGUUGGUGCCAUUGGGAAGACCCCAAGUUGCUUUCCUUUUCCUUAGAAGUAAGAGAAUUUUGGUUCCAUGCUAGCAUUUCAGGAUUCCAAGGAAUCCACAAGAGAUAUGUGAUUGCUUACUAAAAAUGAGUUGAGAUCUUCUCUAGUUAACCAGCUAUUUCAGGUGAACUUAUUUUCUUCUGCAUUUUGCUUUUUACUUUAACUUCAGUCAUUAUAUCAGUCAUCUUGGCUGUCUCCCUCUUCAAAAUAUCAGUGACUGACUCUCAGCUUCAACAUGUGUGUAUCUCAGUAUUAACAAUAGAUGGUGAUGCUCUUUAUGAGUUAUUUUAGAUAAAAACAAGUCAACAUAACAAGCUCACGGUUCUUACACAAUAUUCACAAAUAAGUUAUCCACAACUCCUUAAGCUACCCAUUGAGUUUGCAUAAUAAACUAGCUUGAGCUAGUACAUCACUUAACUUUAUACUCCUGAAAUGUGAGAAUGAAUCUCUUCAUCUAUUCUGCUAGCAGUGAGUUAAGAGUUUAAUGGGAUACAUACUUUUUUUAGGAAUGGGCUAAUAACUGCACACCUUUUUCUGCUUAAUUUCCCCAGAACCUCCACUAUACAACAUAGUAGACAUUAUAUUGUAAGCUCCAUGAGGACAUAGAAGGGAUUUGUAUUCUCAGUACUUAGUACAGUGACUGGCACAUAAUCUGAAAUCAUAAGUAUUUGUUGAAUAAACAAAUUUAGUUAACUUUGCACUUGCAUCAUUUCCCAAAGGGUCAGGUACCACUUCCACAUUCAUAAUCUCACAGGAUAGUAGAAGGCAGAAUUUUAAUUUAUAAGCCACCCCGUAUACAUAAUCCAUGAUUUUUGCCCAACUCUAAGAAAGUAGAAUACAUGUUUUGUGGAAUGCUUAGCAAACUAGGUUUAAGUACAACACAUGGUGGCGCUGUAAGCUAAGGCUGCGGGAAAACAGGCUUGCAGGUUACGUCUCUGGUUACAAUUCAGACAGUCACGUAUAGAUCUAUCAAAGAGAAGGGAGUUUCUUAACCGAAAAUUGCCGUUGCGGCAAGGAUUGAUUCCAAGAGCCGAUUGCCUACCGACACAACACAGGCAUCCGGACCCUGAAGGCUGUUGGUGUUGGAGAAAUGAAGGCUGAAAAGGAGCACUUUCCUAGACUAAGGCAAGUUCUGCUUCUCUUUGUUAUGCUGUCUCAGACUUGCGCGGAGCGGAACGUUUAUACUGUAGCAGAAGAAACAGAAAGCGGUUCUUUUGUGGCCAAUCUAGCAAAGGACCUAGGGCUAGAAAUAAGAGAAAUAUCCCAGCGGAGGGCUCAGGUUAUUUUUAACAAUAACAAAAAAUAUUUUCAGCUAAACCUUCAGACCGCAGACCUUCAAGUAAAUGAUAAACUGGAUCGGGAAGAAAUGUGUGGCACCACUGAGCCUUGUGUGCUGCAAUUCCAGGUGUUACUGGAAGAACCUUUGGAGAUAUAUAGGUUUAAACUUCUGGUCAGUGACAUAAAUGACAAUUCCCCUGUGUUCCCAGAAGGAGAAAUGAUUUUGAAAAUCAUGGAAAAUACUCCUCCAGGAACUGUGUUUCCUCUGAUAAAUGCACAAGAUUUGGAUGUGGGCAUCAAUAACAUUCAAAACUACAUCAUCUACCCCAGCUCCUAUGUCCACGUUCUCACCCAAAAUGGCAGUGAAGGCAGAAAAUACCCAGAGCUAGUUCUGCACAAAGCCCUGGAUCGGGAGGAGCAGGCUGAGCUUAGGUUAACUCUCAUGGCAGUAGAUGGUGGGGCUCCUCCCAGAACUGGGACUGCUCUGGUCCUCGUUGAAAUCUUGGACAUCAAUGACAAUGCACCUGAGUUUGUGCAGCCACUCUAUCAGGUGCAGAUCUCAGAAAACAGCCCCCUGGAAUCCCUUGUUGCCACUGUUUCUGCUAGGGAUUUAGACGUGGGAAUUAAUGGUGAAAUAUUCUACUCAUUUUUUUACGGCGAUGAAGAGAUUUCCAAGACAUUUGCACUUAAUGAACGAACGGGAGAAAUUAAAAUAAUCAGAAAAUUAGAUUUUGAAAAAAUUGUGGCAUAUGAGGUGGAUAUUAAAGCCUCUGAUAGGGCAGGUCUUUCUGGAAAAUGCACUGUCAAAAUACAGGUGGUCGAUAUCAACGACAAUGCCCCAGAACUGACCAUGGCUUCAUUCAGAAGCCCCAUCCCCGAAAAUUCUCCCGAGACCACGGUAGCUCUUUUCAGCAUUCAAGACCGAGAUUCUGGGGAAAAUGGAAGAAUAGUUUGCUCAAUUCAAAAUGAUGUUCCAUUCAUACUGAAACCUUCCGUUGAGAAUUUCUACAGGUUGUUAACAGAAGGACCACUGGACAGAGAGAUUAGAGCCGAGUACAACAUCACCAUCACAGCCACGGACCUGGGGACUCCUAGGCUGAAAACGGAGCACAGCAUAACCGUGCGGGUCUCCGACGUCAAUGACAACGCCCCCGCCUUCACACAAACCUCCUACACCCUCUUUGUCCGCGAGAACAAUAGCCCGGCCCUGCACAUCGGUAGCGUCAGCGCCACAGACAGAGACUCAGGCACCAACGCACAGGUCACCUACUCGCUGCUGCCGCCCCAGGACACGCACCUGGCCCUCGCCUCCCUGGUCUCCAUCAACGCGGACAACGGACACCUGUUCGCCCUCCGGUCGCUGGACUACGAGGCCCUGCAGGCGUUCGAGUUCCGCGUGGGCGCCACAGACCGCGGCUCCCCGGCGCUGAGCAGCGAGGCGCUGGUGCACGUGCUGGUGCUGGACGCCAACGACAACUCGCCCUUCGUGCUGUACCCACUGCAGAACGGCUCCGCGCCCUGCACCGAGCUGGUGCCCCGGGCGGCCGAGCCGGGCUACCUGGUGACCAAGGUGGUGGCGGUGGACGGCGACUCGGGCCAGAACGCCUGGCUGUCGUUCCAGCUGCUCAAGGCCACGGAGCCCGGGCUAUUCGGCGUGUGGGCGCACAAUGGCGAGGUGCGCACCGCCAGGCUGCUGAGCGAGCGCGACGCGGCCAAGCACAGGCUGCUGGUGCUGGUCAAGGACAAUGGCGAGCCUCCGCGCUCGGCCACCGCCACGCUGCACGUGCUCCUGGUGGACGGCUUCUCCCAGCCCUACCUGCCCCUCCCGGAGGCGGCCCCAGCCCAGGCCCAGGCCGACUCGCUCACCAUCUAUCUGGUGGUGGCGUUGGCCUCUGUGUCGUCGCUCUUCCUGUUCUCGGUGCUCCUGUUCGUGGCGGUGCGGCUGUGCAGGAGGAGCAGGGCGGCCUCGGUGCCCGAGGGUCCCUUUCCAGGGCAUCUGGUGGACGUGAGCGGCACCGGGACCCUGUCCCAGAGCUACCAGUACGAGGUGUGUCUGUCAGGAGGUUCUGGGACAAAUGAGUUCAAAUUCCUGAAGUCAGUUAUCCCUGAGUAUCUGAACUCUAUGAAUGACGAGGGAAAGUCCAACUUUGUAAAUGGUUUUGGAUUCAAUUAGGA